AUGAACGACGCCGACGUCGGGAAGCAGGUCCAGCAGAUGGUCCGGUUCAUCCUGCAGGAGGCAGAUGAGAAAGCCAGCGAGAUCACGGUUGCCGCAGAGGAGGAGUUCAACAUAGAGAAGCUGCAGCUCGUGGAGUCCGAGAAGAGGAGGGUCAGACAGGACUACGAGCGCAAGGAGAAGCAGGUCGACGUCCGCAGGAAGAUCGAGUACUCGACGGAGCUGAACGCGGCGCGCAUCGAGGUGCUUCAGGCGCAGGACAACGUCGUCGCGGGGAUGAAGGAGAGCGCCGGCGAGGCGCUGCUCCGCGUCACCAAGGACGCCAACGCCUACAAGAAGGUCCUCAAAGGCCUCAUCGUGCAGAGCUUGCUUCGCCUGAGGGAGCCGUCGCUGGUGCUGCGGUGCCGUGAGGCAGACCGGAGCCUGGUGGAGGCCGUGCUGGAGGCGGCCAAGAAGGAGUACGCCGAGAAGGCCAAAGUUAACCUGCCCAAGGUCAUCAUCGACGGCAAGGUGUACCUGCCGCCGCAGAGGACCAGCCGCGAUGCGCACGGACCGUUUUGCUCCGGAGGCGUCGUGCUCGCGUCGCAGGACGGCAAGAUCGUCUGCGACAACACGCUGGACGCGAGGCUGGACGUCUCCUUCAGGCAAAAGCUCCCUGAGAUCAGGAAGAAGCUCUUCGGUCAGCAAAUGUCGUAA